AUGGAAGUGGCUUGUGAGCUGGAUCCAGCCGCGGCCUUUGCGCUGAACUCAAAUGCCAAGCCCCAACAUAUCUUUUGGAAUGCAUCGGAACUCCGUCCAGAUGGGCAAAGCUUCUGCUAUGUGCACGGAAACAAGUGCAAGAUCCCAAACAUUGAAUUUGACCUCUAUUGUGGUGGCUUCUCCUGCAAAAGCAAUAGCCGUCAAAACCCCUCCCGGUCGGCUGUGGACCCAUGCGAGACCAAGCACUGGGAUAGCUUCCUCCACUGCCACCAAUUUGUUCACCGGUUUCGACCUGCCUGCGUGCUGCUGGAGAAUGUUUGCGGUAUCAAAUUGCCGAGGCAGGCUGGAAAAGAAAGCGUGCUCUCUGUCGUCAUGGAGAAGCUCCAAACCAUUGAGGGGUACACCUGGGCCCACUUUGAGUUAGACAGCGCUUGCUUGCCAGAUGUUCGGCCACGUGUGUACUUUUUUGGCAGCAGAUUGGGGCAGGGGUCUCUCUCUCGCAUUGAAUCCAACGUUCAGAUCUUGAAGAAUUUUUGCUCCAAGCAGCCGUGGCACCAUGUCCAGGGUUUCUUUCUUCCCUAUCCGGACAGAAGCCCUUUCUUCAUCAAGUCUGAAGGGGACAUUGCGAUGACUGAGCUGGAGAAGGAUGAGGCCCGUGCUGCCUAUGCUGUUGCUUUGGCAAAAGCUCGGAAGAAGGCAGCCACAAGAGUCAAAGGUCCGCUCAGUGAGAAUGAAAUUUUGCCAUCAGCUCGGGAGUCGAGCCACUUUCCAAGUUGCUCUCCAUGGAUGAAAGCCCAAUUGGACAUUUACGCCGCAGUCACACAGAAGUUGUUGAACGAAACUGGCCCAGAAAUUGUGAGCCCACACCCGCUGGCAGAUGUUUCUCAAUCUGCAAACCGGGGACCUGUGUGCUUGGAAGGCUUCUUGCCCACACUUUGCACCAGCAGCCGCAUUUGGUCAUUCGCUGACAGUGUGCACAGGGAGCUGCUGCCGGAAGAGCUUAUGGCCGCCCACGGCCUGUCAAACUAUAAUUUUUCCGGGCUGACGACUUUGCAAGCCCAUAGCUUGAUAGGAAAUUCGAUGUCCGCCACAACGCUUUGUGUGGCCUUGAUUCCCCUUUUGCUGGAGCUUGGGCAUUUGGCUGCCAAGCGCAAUAUUCCGUAG